CCAACCACAAAUACAAUUACAAACAGGGAGGUUGAUAUAAAGGUGGAUAAGCCUUGUGGGGCUUUUGGGUCCUUCAAAACAACACCAAAGCAGCGGCCUAACGCUUAUUGGUGCUUUCAGGUUCAUUCCCGCUAAUUGUUAGAGAAAAGGUUGAAAAAUAUGGGGAGGCAACCUUGCUGUGACAAACUUGGAGUUAAAAAAGGCCCUUGGACUGCUGACGAAGACAACAAACUCAUCAACUUUAUACUCACUAAUGGGCAGUGCUGUUGGCGGGCCGUCCCUAAGCUCGCUGGCCUCCGCCGUUGUGGCAAAAGCUGCCGCCUUCGUUGGACUAAUUAUCUCCGCCCUGAUCUUAAGCGAGGCCUUCUCUCUGAAGCUGAAGAGCAAUUGGUGAUUGAUCUUCAUGCUCGUCUGGGAAACAGAUGGUCGAAGAUUGCGGCGAGGUUGCCGGGAAGAACGGAUAAUGAAAUAAAGAAUCACUGGAACACGCACAUAAAGAAGAAGCUCAUCAAGAUGGGGAUCGAUCCAGUAACACACGAACCCCUCCAAAAACAGCAAGAGGAUCAAAAGAACGAGUGCCUUAACCCCAACAACAACAAGAAGACCAAAAAAACGGCGGAAAGCUCUGCCGGAAACCACCAUUGCAAGGAGGAAAACGAGAGCGUUAUGGAUAACUCAAGCUCCCCGGCGAAGACGGAGAACAGCAGCUCGGUGAACACGGACGAGUCGCUUCUUCUAGACAACCUCAUAAACACUAGUUUCUGGAUUGAAGAAGAAGCUCUUUGGGACAACAACAACCCAAGUGGAUAUGGAGGCAAUUUUUCAUGGGAAGAGAAUUGGUCUUGGCUGCAUGAGUGUGAGGAUUUUGGUAUCCAUGAUUUCGGUUUUGACUGUUUCAAUGAUUUUGAAUUAAACGCCAUCAACACAACAGAAACGGAAGGAAAGCACUAGAAAAUCAAAGAACAUAAACAAAACAUCAUAAGGAAGAUUAAAUUUCUUGUUUUUUGUUUUUGUUUUUUUAUUUAAAAAAGAAGUAUUUAAUGUGGACAUGUUACGAAGUACCAUGUACAUGAAGUGUUUAUUGCUGGGUAAUUUAGUAAAGGAGGUUAAUAUGUACAAAUUUCAAAACAAAAGAGUAUAGUGACAUCAAAACAUGUCCCUUUUAACAAA